AUGACACAUAAAAUAUAUUUACAGACAUCGAUAUUUGAACCAGACAUCAAGAUAAACCGGAAGUCAGAUAGAAUCAAGCAUGAACAAACGGUAAAUGCAAAACUGCAAUCUGAUACAGAAUGUCCAGACAUCAAGAUAAACCGGAAGUCAUAUAGAAUCAAGUAUGAACAAACGGUAAAUGCAAAACUGCAAUCCGAUACAGAAUGUCCAGACAUCAAGAUAAACUCGAAGUCAGAUAGAAUCAAGCAUGAACAAACGGUAAAUGCAAAACUGCAAUCCGAUACAGAAUGUCCAGACAUCAAGAUAAACCGGAAGUCAGAUAGACUCAAGCAUGAACAAACGGUAAAUGCAAACCUGAAAUCCGAUAUAGAAUGUCCAGACUUAUCAUCUAUCCUAGUGCUAGAAGGUCAAGAGUCAAACAAGAUCGUUGUUACUGACUGGAUAAACAAAUGUGUAAAAUCAUUUUCCUCUCAACACAAAAAUGUUCAGAGUCUCUACAGGACCAAUAGCAGACCAUGCUACCUUGCUAAGACACGUGACCACCAGGUGCUCGUCACCCUGCCAGAAGAAAGAAAACUAUUAUAUCUGUAUGUACAAGAUGACAUACACCUGAUGAAGACGGUGACAACCAAGAAUGACUAUUACGAUAUAACCGUGUUGCCUGACGACAGCAUGGCUGUGACUAGAGGGUUGUCUGGGUGUGUGGACAUACUAAACCAGUGGUGUGACGUCAUACGGUCUAUUCCUAACAAGGUGAUCUCCAACCCCGGGUAUCUAACAGUGAAAGGUGACUCUCUAGUUGUUGUACCAGAUACCACUAACAUUGUCACAUGUGUGUCGUCAUCAGGACUAGUCAUGUGGGUAUCACGUGAUUCAGCAAGGUUUCGUCGGCUAUAUGGUGUUGCAUGCGACACUGAGGAGUUUGUUUAUGUCUGUGAUAACGAUAGACAUGCCAUUGUUCAGCUGUCACGUGACGGGGAGGUUAUUCGUGACGUCAUCACACAGGAAGACGGCCUAAAACAACCUGUGUCACUCUGUUUCGCUCGAGACAAACUUUAUGUAACCCAGGAAAAUGGAGAAAUAAAAAUAUUUGGCUGGAGCCAAAAUUAA